AGCACAUCAGAAACAAACACAAGCGCCUGAAAGAAAAAUAUAUGUUUGUGGCUGAGAUGUUGGGUUGUAGUGGUUUUGGGUGGAAUUCUGAAAAGAUGUGUGUUGAAGUGGAUAGUAAACAAGUAUUGGAAGCUUGGGGAAAGGGUCGCAAUGUUACACUCUACACUCCAGGCAAGCCAUUUCCGUUGUUUGAACGUCUUGGGGGUAUUUUUGGCAAGGAUAGAGCUACUGGUCUUGAUGCAUGUAGUGGAAAAGAUGCUGAAGAAGAUGUCACACCGGGCUCUACAUUUGCUGCGGCCACAGCUGGUGGCUUGGGUUUAGCUGGAGAUGAUGUUGACAUGGAGGACUUAGCAGCUGCCGAGAGCGAACUACCCAAUACCUUUUCAACCUCGUUUGCCUCUUCAAGUGAGAAAAAUCAAGGACGUCACACUGCAACUAAGAAAAACAAUGAUGCUGCAGUCCUAUCAAACUUAGCUGAAACUUUUAAAGCUGCGGUUGAGGAUCAAGGAAAGCAUGUGCAGGUUCUAGCCAAUGCAAUGUCUGGUGUUAAUGAGCAAGUGAAUCUUGGCCGAACGCUAAAGAGUCUUGGUUUUAACACAAUGGAGAUCGUGCAAAUUGCAAAGAAAUUUGUGCAGAAUCCAGAAUUGAAGGCAACCUUUUGGAGUUUGGACGAAGAAAAGGCAGCAUUCGCACGAGAUAUAAUGGAAAACUUUUAGCUAUUGUUGGGUGUCGUUGGUGGUCUUAGUUGUUAGCAUAUUAUGGUCUCUUUUGCUAAAACUUAUUAGACUUUUUCAGUCUUAUGUUGUGCAAUCCUACCAAAAGACUUAUUGAAUUCUGCAUUAUGUAUAUUAGGUUUCUGCACUUAAGUUAUUUAUCAGGUGAGUGUGUGCAACUUUGCACUUAAAUUUGUGCAAAACUGCAAAAUUCUAUUGAAUUCUGCAUUAUCUAUGUUAAUC